AAAGCCUUUAAUAAAGGACUAAAAAUGAGCUAUAAAAGAGAAAGUUAGAGUCUCAUCAGCUCAAAACUCAGAUAAAGACAGAGAGAGGAGCAUUCAGAGCUUCAGAUGCCUGCAGAGAAGAUGGAGAUGAAGAUGAGCUGUGUGUGUUUGGUGCUGGGGCUGGUCCUGCUGAUGACCGUCUCCUCAGAUGCUAACCCUCAUGGUCUCGAGGGUCAUCCUGUUAACUGCUGUUUCAACUUCGUCACUUUUGAAAUUCCAGACAAAGAAAUACUAGAAGUUGAAAAAAUAGAUUCCAGGUGCUCAAAGCAAGGCUUUGUGAUUACAACUCCGAGGGGCAGAUUAUGCAAGAAGAACCUGCAGGAAACCCAUGUCACAGCUGCAGCUUCAACAGAACCCAGCCGCAGCAAACAGAGCAGCUAAAAGCUUCACACUCCCCUUUAAUCAUCACGGGAUUUUAUCAACCAGCGCUUUGCUUUUUCAGUGUUAUCAGUGAUGGUUUAACAAAACAGUGUAUGAUAAAAAUCUCUGUAGAGAAAAAAAACAUCAUGUAGACGAAUUAGAUUUCAGAGCUGCAGUAAACAGGCAAUGCAAUAAACAAUGUUUUUAUUUUUUCAAUACUAUUAAUGCUUAUUUAAUGCUGUGGAUCCAAAUAAAGCAAUGCAUUACAUACA